AUGAUCCGAAUACCUCGACCUUCCUCGUCACUUGUACCAAGGCUGAAAGCCGUUCAGCCGUCCAGCUCGAUACUGCGGAAAGGAUAUGCCUCUUCGUCUUCACACACCCUCUCCAGCAUCCGUCUGGGUGUCUACGUAGAUGCCGGUAGUCGGUUUGAGAGUCAGAGGACAAGUGGGAUAUCCCAUCUGUUAGAUAGGUUGGCUUUCAAGAGUACAGACAAACAUUCCGAUGAAGAGAUGACUCGCUUGAUCGAUUCCUGGGAUCUCAAGUAA